GUUUGCAGCACAUUUUACCGGCCACGCUGGCGAAAACGACGCGGAAAAUGCCGUAGAGUCGAUGACAGCCGGAAACACCCAGUGAAGACCGUGUCGCCUUCUCUCCCCUGCCCUCCGUCUCCACUCUUGUCCGGCCACCACCCUCGUUUCUGCCCUUUUCGUCGCGAUCGCUGCCCCCGACUCGCGUGUGGGCGCGCGUAUUCCACCCUCAAUGGUGAAUCAAUAAUUAAGGUGACAGUGCAGUGAUUGCGCGAUCGUGUGCUGGGUCAAGAUGUCGGUGAAGAUGACGAGGUACAAACAAGCUGAAUUCGAGGACGAAGACAGCAGCAGCAUCGGUUCCGUUGCUCUAAAUAGCGAAGGUAUCAGUACAUCUGCCACGCAUAUAAGAUAUCAUACGGGUACAACGAUGUGGAAGGCAAGAAGUAUUUUGGAAAGAUGCCUUCUCAUAAUUUGCGCUGUUUUGCUGCUAACGAUUAUAGUACUCGGCAUUGUUAUCAGUAGCAAAAAUGGUUGGGAGGAGGCCCAGAUUCUUCACGUCACCGCUCACGGAGAAGAAAGUACGCAUUGCCUCACGGAGCAAUGUGUAACGGUGGCAGCUUCCUUAAUUAAUAGUAUAGAUUAUUCCGUCGAUCCAUGUGACGAUUUCUACGAAUACGCGUGCGGCGGCUGGAGAAAAAAGAAUCCCAUUCCGGAUGGGAAAAGUGUUUGGGGCACGUUUGGCAAAUUGGAGCAGGAUAAUCAGCUAGUCGUCAAGAAUGUUCUCGAGAAACCACUUAGCGAAAUGAAAUCAAAAGCUGAGAAGAAGGCCAAAUAUUAUUAUAUGUCAUGUAUGGAUGCGAAUGAGACGAUCGAGACGCUCGGGGCGAAGCCGAUGUUGGAACUGUUGGACAAUAUCGGUGGUUGGAAUAUCUCGGGCAAAUUCAACAUCAGCGCGUGGUCCCUACAAAACAGUAUGCACGUUCUGCAAAAUGUUUACAAUAUGGGUGGUCUAUUCUCUUGGGGCGUGAAUGAAGAUGAUCGAAACAGCACUAGAUACAUAAUUCAGAUCGAUCAAGGGGGUUUAACACUACCAACUGCGGACAAUUAUCUCAACGUAACCGAACAUGGCAAGGUCCUAGCCGCCUAUUUGGACUACAUGACGAAGAUCGGCGUGCUCUUAGGUGGCGACGAGAACUCUACGAAGAAACAGAUGCAGGACGUAAUUGCGUUCGAGACGAAGCUCGCGGAGAUCACUAUACCGCCCGAAGAUCGCAGAGAUGAGGAGAAAAUUUACAAUCUAAUGGGGUUAAAUGAACUGCAACGUAAAGCACCCUUCAUGUCGUGGGUAGAAUUCUUCCAAAACGCUACACGUCUCGUAAACAAGAAGAUCAACAAUAAAGCGAUGAUCGUAAAUUUUGCACCAGAGUACUUUGUAAAAUUGACGAAAGUCGUGCAAGAGUAUAACAGAACCACUAAUGGAAAGAUAAUACUGAAUAAUUAUCUGGUUUGGCAGACCGUGAGGUCCUUGACAGCGUUCCUAUCGAAGCCGUUUCGCGAUGCUUACAAGGGUUUGCGGAAAGCUUUAUUCGGUUCGGAAGGCCACGAGGAGCAGUGGCGUUAUUGCGUCAGCGAUGUUAAUAAUGCCAUGGGUUUUGCCAUUGGGGCAAUGUUCGUCAGAGAGGUUUUUCACGGCAAGAGUAAACCCAUGGCGGAGGAGAUGAUCAAUCAAAUUCGUAAGGCAUUCACGAAGAACUUGAAAAAUCUAGACUGGAUGGACGCAGAGACGAGAAAAUCUGCGGAGGAGAAAGCAAACGCAAUCACCGACAUGAUCGGUUUCCCAGACUUCAUUUUACAACCCAGCGAACUCGACGAGCGUUACAGAGAUUUGGCGAUCAAGCAGAACGAAUAUUUUCAAAACACUUUGCGCGUGAACAAGUACAGUUUCCGUAAAAACCUCGAGAAACUUGAUCAGGUGGUGAAUAAAACUACUUGGAUAAUGACACCACCGGCAGUGAACGCUUAUUACACACCUACCAAAAAUCAGAUGGUCUUUCCCGCUGGCAUCCUUCAGAGUCCGUUUUACGACAUGAAGAAUCCCAAUAGUUUGAAUCUCGGCGGCAUAGGCGUUGUCAUGGGACACGAAUUAACGCACGCCUUCGAUGACCAAGGUCGGGAGUACGACUUGCAUGGAAAUUUGCAUCACUGGUGGAACGACGCUACGAUAGAGCGAUUUAAAAAUAGGACCGAAUGCUUUGUGGAGCAAUAUAACCAGUACCAAGUACAAGGUCGAAAUAUAAAUGGCCGACAGACGCUGGGGGAGAAUAUUGCUGACAACGGGGGUCUUAAAGCAGCGUAUCACGCUUAUCUUUCGAUGCCUAAGAGUCCAAAGGAUCAACUGCCGCUACCCGGUCUCAAUCUGACGCAUCGUCAACUAUUUUUCCUGAAUUUUGCACAGAUUUGGUGCUCCUCCAUAACGUCCGAGUCGGUGAUUCUCCAGGUCGAGAAAGAUACUCACAGUCCGCCGAGGUACAGAGUGAUAGGACCACUUUCGAAUCUGCCAGAAUUUGCGACGGAAUUUAACUGCCCUAAGGACUCAAAGAUGAAUCCGGCACAUAAGUGCGAAGUGUGGUAACGCCUCCUGUCUAUUCCGACUGAUUCAGUUCCCGGGGACAGUUCGGUUGAACUCGAUUUUCGGUGUCGUGGGGAUAUCGUCGUGGCUUCCACGUAACGGGGGAUACGUGUCGCGGGACUUGCUCCGGACAUCGAACUAUGCACUUUUUAAUUCAUUCACAUAUCACCACUUAUCGUGAGGAUAGCUACUUCAAAUUUCUGCGAGUCUCUUUGUCAGCGUAUGAUUUUGUCACACUUUUCAAACGAUCUCGGGAAAUAGUGGGGAAACGUUCUGGCACCUUCUUUCAGCUGUGCAGAAAUUUAUUGGCUAAUUUUACAUUGACCCUCUCUUAUUGUUUACUCUGACAUAUUUCCUCUAAAAUUUGAAAAUGCUUUUUGAAUCUUGUUUAUUACUUUCUUUUUUUAAUGUCUAAAUUUUGGAAUUAACAAUUCGCACUGAAUUCUCCGUCAGCAAGUCAAGACUUACACGAGUUACUUAGAUCGUGCGAAAUAUCAUACGCAUUUUUAAUGUUACAAAUUUCGCAGUCAGAAUACUCUAGCACGUUUUUUAGACUUAUAAGAAGUUUAUUUUAAAAACUACUUACUUUACUAGUUAGACGGAAUUCGGACGUUGGGAUCGCAGUAAUGUGACACGCGCAAUGCGAUACGCUGUCGCUGACGUCAAGAAAAAUAUUUUUAAAUGCUUAUUUGUGCAUGGAAAGAACAGUUUUGUUGAAAUGUUUGAAAAUUUAGCUAACAAGGUUACAAAUCUAAAAAUAAUUUUGUUACGCAAUCAAAAUAACUGUGUAAGACAGUUAAAAAUUAGUUGCCAGAUAAAACAUUUUGCAGCCUUACUCAUUACACUUGAACAUCCUACACAGUCAUUUUGAUGACCCAACAAAAUUAUUUUCAGAUCUAUAUCCAGCUAAAUUUUGUCAUAUUUAAGCAAAACUGUUCUCUCCGUGUGCUAAAUAUUUUUCUCCCAUGCAUGUCAAGUAUGCGCUGGAACGUCAAAUAUGUGCCUAGCAUACACUUGGCAUUUGAGCGAAUCAAAGAUUUUUUAACUGGAAGAACAUCUUUAGAAAAACUGACUCAGCUAAAAAUAUAAAAAAUUUGAGAAAAAUUUAUUUUGUGAAUUUAUCCGCAGAGAGAAAUGUUUCUUUAGAUUUAAAAAUUUUUUUAGAAGAAAUUUAUGCAUUGGAACAAUCCAAUUAAAUUUAAAUAACGAGAAGGUUAUACCGGUCUUCGUGUUUAAUAAUUUUCUACGUAAAUUUACAAACAUUUACAAAAUUUCCCACAAACUGCGCGCCGCAUAUUUACCGGACUUAAAACACAGCUUAAUUUUUAUGUAGAAUCAAAAAAUGUAAUAUUACAAAAAUUAAAUUGCUAAUUAAUUUAAUAAUUUUUAAUUCUUACAAGCAUCAUUAUUAUUUCCCCUUAUCUUAAAAUAUUGUAAAGAAUUUAUUGCGAGAAAUAUUUCCUCGAUCAUAACUUGAAUCUAGGUCCCCCAACAUUCCAUGCGAAUGUUUUAGCCCAGUGACUAAACGCAAUCUUUUAUAAAUUGAGGGCCAUUUUCAGAAAUAAGCAAAGUUUUGCGGACCGCACAUACACACACACACACGCGCGCGCGCACGCACAUGUAUAUAUUGUUUAUAUUAAUAUGAAUACAUAUGUAUGUAUAAUAGACGAAUAAAAAAAAUUACAUCUUAAUACUAAUAAGAAAAUAAAAAAAUGUUAACAUAAUUUAUAAAAAUUAAAUUUUAUAAACAUAUUUAUUUAUGGAAUAAACUACAUUUUUUAAUUUAAAUUCUUAAAAAAAUACUUAAAAACGCAAAAAUGAAACUGUAAACAUUUAUUGCAUUAAAGUAAUAUUUGAUGAACAUAUGAUUUUAAAUUUUCGACUAUGAGUUGGCGGGCCGCUGGUUGUGUAUCACUGUCUUAGCUAAUCUAACUAAACCAACGAUUGAACUAAAAAAUGUAGUUGGUUCUAACUUUUUAAGUAAUAUUAUCUUUACCUUAAAGUGAAUAUUUAUUUAAAAUAAUUGAAUUUCUUUACUUAAACAAUGUUAUUAUUUCAAUGUACUAUUAUAUUGUUUUACUUCAAUUAUAAUUUUAUUUUUACAUUAAAAAAAGUUUUUUUUUAACUUUUAAAUAAAUUCAAUGUUUCGACAAUUUCAAAGUAUUAAGAGAAUUAAGACCUUUUAUUAUUACGGUUACGCCGCGGCCUUAUAUCCCUUGUAUACUGAAACUUAUUUACGAGUUAUUAGCGGUCUCGCCACAUCUGAUAAUGGAUCAAACGAGUGGAAAGUUCACGAGGCAAGGUUGUAGCAAGGUUGUUGUUUAAUGUUAUAAAACAAAAUGUUUUUUAUUUUUAACAGUAUAAAAAUACCUUUUGAACAGUCAUGUUUUCUGCCAAACAUUGUUCAAUGCAACAUAAUUUAAAAAAUGUAUAUUUAGCAUAAUAACGAUAUUUAAUUUAAAGUUAUUGUUUCUAUGAAAGAAAUACUGCAAAAAAAUACUGAACGUAAAGGAACAUUUUUCUCUGUGUUCUUAAAAUUUUUAAAAUCAGAAGUUAUCUUUAGAAUUCUCUUCGGCAUUGAAGAGACUGUAAAAAUAGAUCUCACACACUGCAAUUUCUGACUACAUAGAUUGAUAUUAUAAUUUGGAGGAACCAAUUGUUUUCAAUUCAAUUUGAGUAUUGUAUAUUUGUUAUGAGAUAUGGUGCUAUCGGCAGUGCUAGCAUAAAUAUACUUGCGAGACGUUGUUUGAUCUCAUGCCUACAGGAUUGUCAAAGUAUAAUUCUAUACGUACUUUAUUCGAAUUCUAUUGUAUUAUAAUAUUAAAAUAGUGCGUUUUUGUAUGCAAUGGCUUACACAACGUUUUGUUGAUGAAGAUUAAACGGCGUAUUUGUAAAUAAUGUGAUUUCUAGAUCGAGAAGCUUAUAUGCACUUGUCACAAGAAUGGCGUAGACCUUUGCUUGUUAGCGUUAAUUUUAUCAUUGCGAUUAAUAAGAAGUGAAAAUCUCAGUGCAAUAACCAGUCGCGAUGGAGUCAGCUCAAAGUGCUAAAGUUCCGUUACUAGAUGAGAGCAAAAUCGAUGGUGGACAUAUCUUAGCAAUGUAGAUAAUAUGGGGAUUACCGAUACAUUUAGUUUUUAGUUCUUUAUGUGCGACCAUUGAAAUGAAGAGCUCUGUACACCAUACCUUUCAAUGCAAAGGGGACUUUCAAAAUAUCACUGCAAAAAUUCGUUCAAAAAUCAAGAAGAAUCGGCUCUGCGAAGUUACAAAUUACUCAAAUUUUAUUUAAUUUUGCAGAAAUAAAACCCUUCUCAUUUAUUUGUUUCAAAGAUAUAAAGUUCGUUCGCAUCGUAUACUCCAAUUUACUCGUGCUAAACUCCAAUGUGUUCCAGUACAUUUGUGACAAACAUAUUGGAGCGCAUUGGAGUAAGUAGGAGUAUGUUGGAAUAUGCGACGAGAAUAAAUCUGCUGUAUUGAAAUUAAUGACAUAAAAAGUAAUAGAUUGACUACUUGCUAAAUGAUGUGAGAAAGCAAUUUAAUAUUUUUAACUUAUCAUUGGUAUGCUUUAAAAAAAAAUUAUAUAUAUAGAACAAAUUCAAAAGGAAUACAAUAUUUUAUUAAUAAUCUAUAUAUGGCGCAUCAUGUCUCUUUCAUACGAAAAGUAUGUAUCUACGUGUAAUUCAUUUUAUUCUCGUUAAUGAAUUUUUCUAGUCUUCGUGAAAAAACUCCGAUCAUUGCAGCUCGAGUGAGUUUUGCAUGUUUCAAAACAGAUGCCAAUCAAAAUCUUAUCUUUCUUAUUGUGGAAAUAAAAAUAAAUAUAUGAAUUCGUCGUUUUAAACGAGAAACAGAGUAUUAUAGGUAGCCAAAUCUUUCAUUGUAUAUUGAAUAAGGUACACUUAUUAUCCAUGCACAUAACAAAUUUAUUUAAGGUUUUACAAGCCCAGUAAUUAUUAUGACGUUCGUAUAAAGAUUGCAACAGAGCGGAAAGAAGAUAUUAAAAAAUUAAACACGAUUACGCUUAACGUCGUCUUAAGUUGCGCCGUUAAAUAUUAAAUGAAAUGCGUUAUACUUGUCAGAAUAUUGUAACGUUAAUCCUAGAAGAGCCCAUAUACCCCCUUCCCCCAUACUAUCAUUACGUACUGAGGUCACAAUCGUCAUAAAUACAUUUUUCUCUUUAUCUGUCCUAUUUAACAAAGAGGCAAGGAAUUUAACUCAUCAGACUCUCUGAGAAAAGUAUCUUAGGACAGAAAAUAAUCAAACGCGUUAAUACAUUUUUAUGCGCGAGGAAGUGUGGUGUCUCGCAAGAUAGAGAGAUGCUAAGGUCCGUUGGAUAUCUAGAAUUAAAUCUUAGGGUAUUAGCGUUAAGUUUGUCAGGUUUGAAAAAUCGAGGAAUCGAUAAUGCGGAAGCGAGGAAGAAGUGUCGUGGUGCAUUCGAAUCUACGAUUCCUCGCUGAGACUGUUAUUCUCGCUCACUCGCUUCCGCAUUCCCCUUUUCAAGGGUCAUAAGUGGUAAAGCACCACAUAAAAAGAAGCCAAAAUUUCUUUAAUUACGAUGUAAGAUCCGUAUAGGCCUUAAAUAUAUGAUGCCGAUGCAUAAUGCAUUUGUAAAUGUCCAUUGUUUAUAAUUGUGAAUAACUUGUAACAAUGAGAGGAACAUCGUUUCUGCGAUUAUAAUUGUUGCGAGUUGUAUUCGAAGAAUACAAUUUUGCGUGUAGUUUUGCGUAACGCAGAAAAAAAUGUAUUGGUCAAUGACGAUGUUCGCCAUGAUUAUUUUUCUGUAUUGUAUAUUAUGUACUAUGCUUAUAAAUAUUAUUAUUAUUA